AUGGCGACUGCUAAAUGGGGAGGAAAGCGUCGUAAAAACAAACAAAGUUUGGAAGCAAGUCUUGAAGAAUUACACAGAGUUGGCAAGAAUUUAAAGACAUCUAGUUCUAAAAAAUUGAGUACGUUUUUGAAUACAUAUGAUGGUUCUGGUAAAAGGGUUCCAUCGAACAAAUAUAAAUAUCGAUCGCCGGCUGAACGCCAUUCAAAACAAGGUGCUGCAUCUAGUCAGAUUGAAGGCGACUUGAUGACUGAAUCUGAAUAUGGCAUGUUGGAUUCAGAUGAUGAAUUAUAUAUGGCAGAAAUGUCGGGCAGCAGAUCGACAACAACAGAGAGUCUCAGUAACUGCAUAGAGACAUGCAGCCAAAUAAGCGAAGAAAUUAAGUCAAGCAGUCAGUCGGAAUGGACAAAAAGAAUGUUGUCGGUAGAAGAAAACUGGGAAAGUAGCAGAUCAGCAAUAUUUGAUGCUCUACUCAAAAGCCAUGCUGUACCCUCACCAGAUAACAUCUGCUUUUUAUGCAAUGAAGGGUGUGCAGUUGUAAGAUGCCAUGAAUGUGGACCAAGGGUGUUGUUAUGUUCUGCCUGUGAUGAGAAGGUUCAUGAAACAAAUCCCUUGCACGACCGUGAUGUGUGGGUGAAUGGAUUUUUUCAGGAAAUACCUCCUACAACAAUUGUUUCAGAAGAUGGUUCCUUGGGAUUUGUUAAGAGAUGUGCACCAUUUGCUUUAUAUAAGGCAUGCUUGCUGUGUAAAGAACAAGGCUCACUGAUUCUGGUUCCCUUGGAUGAACCUUGCAUUGUUGUGACUUCUAGAGGACAAUAUGACUUGUCACUUUGUAUGUAUCGUUGUGGUAACUGUGACAAGGCAUAUUCACCUUCAUCACUGGAAAAGAUCAUCAGUGAGGGUUAUUGGCCUGGAAAUCCAAAGCAUUUCAAUCAUGUAUUCUCACAAGAUCUGUUUCGGCUCUGGGAUUCUGUGAGAAAACACAUGCCUGGAACAUCUGAAUCAGCAUUCAUAAGAUCCCUAGGCAAUCUUUCAAGCAACAAUGGAAGGUCAUCUACUAUCAAUGUCACAGUAUUUCAUCGUGCAUUUAAGGAAUGGUGUUUUGCCAUGCAUGAGAUUGAUGUUUUAAAAGGGAGAAACUGGAUGGAAUGUCCUUGUUGCUAUAAAAACCAGCAUUCCUGUCAUGUUGAUGGAAAUGCGAAACUAUACAGAUAUAGUUGUGUUCCAAGAGGUGAGCGAAAAUGUUAUUACGGUAACGUUUUUGUGGAGGAAUAUGAUGCUGUUGAAGCUCAUCUAGAUAUUGUUUAUGCAUCAGCAUCGUCAAAGAAAAACACCAGUAAUUCGUAUUGUGGUACAUCAAAUUGGAAAGCAGCCAGAAAUACUGCAAAUGUGCGAUCAAAGUUAGAUGAAACUGGGCUUGUAGUAGCUGGCUGCAAACAUGCCCUUGCACAAAGUGCUCUUAAUAUGUACAGAGGAGAAUUAUUUGGGUACACACAUUACUUGCAGAUUAAUAGAUUGGUUCCUCAAGGUGUCAUGUUCUUAUGGCAGGAUGUUGUGUGUGACAUGGGGAGGCAAGGAUGGCAAGGGAGCGCAUAUACGACUGGUGAGGAAGUGGAGCAAAUAAACAGCUACAUAUCGAGAUUGGGGUCAACAACAAAGUAUAUGAAUGCUGGAGGUCGUGACGAAACUAUAACUGAACAUGUCAUGCACUGGAACAAACAGAAAGUUAUGAAACUUCACAUAAGUCUGUCCAAAAGAUAUAUUGAGAUUAAAAGAAUGAUUGAAGCAAAUGAAGAGGAAUUGAAGAAUGAGAUGAACGCGAUUGGUUGUCACGAUCAGCUAGAAAGUGGGGAGUUAGAAACCUGGAAAGAAGCGAUAGCCAUAUGUGGAAAACGUAGUCAGUUUGGGGAAGUCGUUUUAAGUAAACAGGAAAAUCAAUUGGUUCAAUAUUAUCAGCUUAAUAUUGAGAUUUCUGAAGCAACUUCUCUGAAGCCGUUCGUGGAGGAAGCUCGUGAUGGUGUUGGUGCUGCACUUGUCACUGGGAAUGGUGAGCUGUUCAAGAAAGCACUGCAGAAGCAAGAGGAGAUUGAUCGCAAGAAAAAGCAGUUGGCCAAACUAGAAUCUCUUUUGGAUAUUUGUGGAUGUCAGACGAAACGAACAGAUGCUUUGGAAAGAGGAAAGCGACUAUUGGCUUCUCAGAAACGCAAGGAAAUUCACGAAAAUAUUGAGAUGAUGAGUUUUUCAAUUUCCCAGAGAGUGAAGAGUAUUGGUCGAUUAGCAGAUUCUUCUAAGCAGCGUUCAAGACUACGCAGUAAGAAUACAAGCGAAAGAAAGAAAUUGGAAGAUCUAAUCGCGCAGCUAAAUAUGGUAGAGAAUAUGCUUGGUGAAACUGAAGAUGUUCUUACUUCUGCCCAGGCUGUUAAUGGUCAUUUUCCAUGGAUUAACGAAGAAGAUAGCAGUGGUAAUUUAUCAUGUACUGUAGUUAAUAGCGUUAUAACAUUUUGA